CUGCUCUUUUUUCUCUCUCUCUCUUCUUUUUUUCUCCUGUCUUUUCUUUUCUUUAGUUUUUUUUUUUCGACCACGUGUUUCUCCAGGUCCAGGCAGGGCUGACGUCACGGCGGCCGGGGCUAGUCUGUAGUUUAUUAAGCGGGAGUGAGGGAGCAUUUGGGCAGCAAAGAGCUCUCUCACACACUCACACACACACACACCCUUACACACGCAUACACACGCGCAUACACGCGCAUAACGCAGGCACGCGCACACGCGCAGACACACACGGGGCUCUGUGUCCUGAGUCAUUAGUUAGAGAGUUGAGUCUGUUCGCUGUUAAACUUCAGUGUUUUAACAGAGUGAGAGAGAGUUCUGACCCGGGAGAGCUGCAGCUUUCAGUUACACACUUUCUCCCUCAGAGUGGAAGAGUGAGAGAGAGUGAGAGAGAGUGAGAGAGUUAGUUUGAGUGAGAGUUUAAGGAGUUUGUAGCAGCAGAUCCUCUGAGGAGGUUGAGAAGCUCCAGGAGACAGAUGUCCGGCUCUCCCUCAGAGACGCGCUGAGCUGAGCGGCUGUAUCUGCUGUAGUUUGGCGCAGAGAGAAGCUCCAGGGCUGGACUAUAAAAGUUUGAGGUCUUUACUCUGAAUCUGAAGCUGAGAAGCGCCGGACGCCGUGAUGUUCUCGCUGCUGUCACUCAGAUCUCUGCUGCUGCUGCUGCUCGCUGUGGGACUUUCAGUAGGUUUGACUUCAGCCUCUCCGGCUGGUGACACAAAUAAAGAAGAUUUUUUGAAGAGCCGUUUGAAGGAGUAUGGCCUUGUCACGCCCAUCAGCACCGACUCUGAGGGACACUUCCUGUCGCACCUUCUCUCGGCCAAUCACAAGCAGCGUGUGAAGCGCGAUGUGGCGCUUAGCUCAGAUCCCACAGGAGAGAGGCUGUUCUUCAAUAUCACAGCUUUCGGCAAGGAGUUCCACCUGCGCCUGCGCCCCAACAACAGGCUGGUGGCUCCGGGGGCCAUGGUGGAGUGGCACGACGAGGUGGAAGCUCCUGAUAACAGCACAGAGAACGCUACACACGCCGAGAGGAUCCUGAGGAGAGAGCUGCUGAAGACGGACUGCACUUUCAUAGGCGACAUCACUGACUUGCCGGGAGCCUCCGUCGCCAUCAACAACUGUGACGGCCUGGCUGGCAUGAUCCGCACUGAUGCGGAUGAAUACUUUAUCGAGCCUCUGGAGCGCGGCACGCAGGAGCAUGAGGAAAACGGGCGGGUGCAUGUGGUGUACAGAAGAUCUGCGCUCCUUCAGUCUCCUUCAGAUGUCUCGGUGGACUACCAGCCCUUUGAGCCUGAACUGGAUGUUCCAGGAGUGCUGGACAACAUUGCCAAGCAAGUUAACCACACGACCAGGAAACGCAGACAUGCUGGGGAAGAGGACUACAACAUCGAGGUGCUUCUGGGUGUUGAUGACUCUGUUGUGCGCUUUCACGGAAAGGAGCAUGUUCAGAACUAUCUGCUGACGCUGAUGAACAUUGUGAAUGAGAUCUACCAUGAUGAGUCACUGGGUGCGCACAUCAACGUAGUGCUCGUCAGGAUGAUCAUGCUCGGCUAUGCAAAGUCCAUUAGCCUCAUCGAGAGGGGCAACCCGUCACGCAGUCUGGAGAACGUGUGUAAAUGGGCGUUCGUGCAGCAGAAGGAAGACCCUGAGCACUCGGAGCAUCACGACCACGCCAUCUUCCUCACCCGCCAGGGCUUCGGCCCCACCGGCAUGCAGGGAUAUGCCCCCGUUACUGGGAUGUGCCACCCGGUGCGGAGUUGCACCCUUAACCACGAAGACGGCUUCUCCUCCGCCUUUGUAGUGGCCCACGAGACCGGACAUGUGCUGGGCAUGGAGCAUGAUGGACAGGGCAAUCGCUGUGGUGAUGAGACCGCCAUGGGGAGUGUCAUGGCCCCUCUGGUGCAGGCAGCCUUCCACCGUUAUCACUGGUCCAUGUGCAGUGGACAAGAACUGAAGAGAUACAUUCAUUCUUAUGACUGUCUGCUGGACGAUCCUUUCAAGCACGACUGGCCGCAACUCCCUGAGCUGCCCGGCAUCAAUUACUCCAUGGACGAGCAGUGUCGUUUCGAUUUCGGUGUUGGAUAUAAAAUCUGCACAUCAUUCCGAACAUUUGAUCCUUGCAAGCAGCUGUGGUGCAGUCACCCAGACAACCCGUACUUCUGCAAGACCAAAAAGGGACCUCCGCUGGACGGCACCGAGUGUGCGCCCGGGAAGUGGUGCUACAAGGGCCACUGCAUGUGGAAGAAUGCCAAUCAGGUGAAGCAGGAUGGAGCGUGGGGAGCCUGGACGAAGUACGGCUCAUGCUCACGGUCCUGUGGAACAGGUGUGCGCUUCAGGACACGGCAGUGCAACAGCCCAGCUCCAUCUAACGGUGGUCAGGACUGCCCAGGGGUGAACUAUGAUUUCCAGCUGUGCAACACAGAUGACUGCCCCAAGCAUUUUGAGGACUUCAGGGCUCAGCAGUGUCAGCAUCGCAACUCGCACUUCGAGUACCAGAGCAUCAAACACCACUGGCUUCCCUAUGAACACCCAGAAGACAAGAAGAGAUGUCAUCUCUACUGCCAGUCCAAGGAGACGGGUGACGUGGCGUACAUGAAGCAGCUGGUGCACGACGGAACGCGCUGCUCCUACAAGGAUCCCUACAGCAUCUGCGUGCGGGGAGAGUGUGUGAAAGUGGGCUGUGACCGAGAGAUUGGCUCCAACAAGGUGGAAGAUAAGUGUGGCGUGUGUGGAGGGGACAACUCCCACUGCAGAACAGUGAAAGGAACCUUCACGAGAACCCCCAAGAAAGCCGGUUACCUUAAGAUGUUCCUCAUCCCCCCUGGGACUAGACACGUGGUCAUCCAAGAACAUGAGGCCUCCCCUCACAUUCUUGCUGUGAAGAACCAAGCCACAGGACAUUACCUCCUAAAUGGUAAAGGGGAGGAGAUCAGGUCUCACAGCUUCAUCGACCUUGGAGUGGAGUGGGACUACAUCAUUGAAGAUGGCAUGGAGACUCUCCACACAGAGGGGCCUUUACACGACGCAGUUAUAGUUUUGAUUAUACCGAAGGACAACGAGACGAGAUCCACUCUGAUGUACAAAUACAUUAUACAUGAAGACUCGGUUCCAAUCAACAACAACAAUGUGAUUCAGGAGGACACGUACGAGUGGGCUCUUAAGAGCUGGUCCCAGUGCUCUCGGCCUUGUGAUGGAGGAUACCAAUACACCAAAUACGGCUGCCGUAAAAAAGGGGAUAGCAAGAUGGUGCACCGGAGCUACUGUGAUGUCAGCAAGAAGCCCAAACCCAUCCGCAGGAUGUGCAACUUACAGGACUGCACGCAGCCACAGUGGAUAGCUGAGGAGUGGGAGCACUGCACUAAAACCUGUGGAAGCCUUGGUUUCCAGAUCCGCACCGUUCGCUGCGUCCAGUUCCUCCAUGAGGGCACCAAUCGCUCCAUUCACAGCAAGUACUGCAGCGGAGACAAACCUGAGGUCAGGCGGCCCUGCAACCGAGUGCCCUGCCCCGCUCAGUGGAGGACUGGAGCCUGGUCUGAGUGCUCUGUGACCUGUGGAGAGGGAGUGGUGCGGCGGCUGGUCACGUGUCGCAUCGGAGAUCAAUGCGGCGGAGAGAAACCAGAAUCACAGAGGCCUUGCCGGCCAGGACCCUGCCACGAUGAACCGUGUGGAGGAGACAAGUCCAUAUUCUGUCAGAUGGAGGUCCUGGCUCGAUACUGCUCCAUCCCAGGCUACAGCAAGCUGUGCUGCGAGUCGUGCAGCAAAAGGAGCCUCACUUUCCUCCCCGAGGCCGCUGAGACCGAGGAGGAGGUGCGCUUUGGCUCCGCCUCACAGCUCCUGGAGACUCUGUCAGCCUCUGUUAAAGGCACGCUCAAGUUCCCUCCCCAGAGCCCUCGCGGAUCAGGCCCAGUGAUCCGCAACGCCAAGCAGACCCCCUCCACCGCUGCACCACAGAGACCAAACGCUGACAGUAAGACUCCUAAACGCCCAACGGUGGCCACCAAACCCAGCGGCAGGAGCCUGCCUGCCAUGGCGGUCCACGGACAGUCCGGACAGUCGGCCAACGCAACGUCAUCAUCGCAAACGGAUCAGUCCCGAGACAGCAGGUGGCCCAAGGCCGUGUCUGAGGUGGAAAGAUGAAGGAGAACUUGAAUCCGUGUUGGUGUUCUUUCUGUUUUUUAGGGUUGUUUUUUUUUUUUUCUCCUACGGACUGUUUUUUUGUUUUGUAGAUAUAAUAUAUUAGCUUUAUCCCUUGUCUUACUUCAGAUCUUGCUUAUGAGAGGAGAUUUUUGAAAGAGAGUGAGAGAGUAAGUAAAGUGCUGGUUCACUUUCUGGUUCCUGGGUCCUCCCAACAGAGCGGCCAUUCUGGAGUCAUUCGCUAGUCAGCUCACGCAUUACACGCUGGCUUGGGAGAAUGCGCCAAGAUAGCUUGAUCUUUUGAAAGCAGUCAGAGAGGUUCCUUUAUCAAGAGCUUGGUUUAUGGAGGUUUUGCACAUUAGCUAUGCUAAAGAGACAUCAGUGGUACUUGUUAGGUUACGCUUCUAGUUCUAUAGAAUUCCAGAAUGCAGCAUUUUGGCUCCUAACGUUUUGUCUGUUUAAAAGAUAAAAGAUAUUUAUGAUUUUCUUUUCUGUAAAUACUGUGUGUGUAAAAGUCAGUAUUAUUUUUUACUAAAACAUGGUGCAGAUUUUUACUAUUCAAGUACAUUUUUCUUUUCUUUCUUUUUUUUAAACAUUAAUACAACAACAGCAGAAGUAUAUGAAGAUAAGUUCUCAGUUCUCCUGGCAGAACCAGACAGAACAGACCAGCCAGUGUGAAAACCUUAGAAAGGCCAUUCUCUGAAUACCUCUGUUCAUCAAGGGAUCCUUUUUACUCUUAAUCACAAGCCUUUGUCUCCGGAACUGCAAAUCAAGGAAUGGUGGGAGCUGAUGUCGACAUCAGUUCCUCUUAAUUUCCCUGCUUGUUAUCCUGUACUGUAUUCUCUUAUUUGUAGGUAAAGCUUUAAUUCACCAGAAAAGAGCUUAAUGCCAGGGCGACUUUGUCAAAAAAAAACGGUUGGGCCGCUAUGUCGGCGUCCAUCACAUGCACAGCUCGGUGCUUGGGACGUGCAUGGCUGUAUUUUGAAGGCAGUGACCUGGAAGUAACAUGGACUUUUUGCUGCGCUUUUGCCUGCAAAAAUCUCUGAAGGAAGGUAUUUAUUUUUAAAGUAGAGGGUUUAAACGUCUGUUUCAACCACAAUGCAUCUGACUGCAAUAGCAAGGAACUUCUUCCUCAAUAUACACUCAUUGACAAAGAAAAAUCUGAAAUAACGCACCAAUAAGUUACAAGAGUUACAUGGAAGUGAUUUUAAUAUUAGAACAAAAUAAUAUGUUUAUUGCAUUCUAGAAUCCUGUUGGAUUCUCAGCUCGUUCCAUAAAUGCUCGAUUGGCUUUGAAUCUGAUGAACAGGCAGGGCAAGGAAGUGUUGGAAUUAAGAGACAACUUCAUUUUCUGAAUCAGUUCCUCUGAUUUUGCUAUUUUUAGAUAUAUGUUUGAGUAAAAUUAACAUAACUGUUUUAUUCUAUACAAACUACAGACAACAUUUAUCCCAAAUUCUAAAUAAAAAUGUUACCAUUUAGAGCAUUUAUUUGCAGAAAAUGAGAAAUGGCUGAAAUAACAAAAAGAUGCAGAGCUUUCAGACCUCAAAUAAUGCAAAGAAAACACGUUUUCAUAUUCAUAAAGUUUUAAAAGUUCAGAAAUCAAUAUUUGGUGGAAUAACCCUGGUUUUGAUUACAGUUUUAAUGCAUCUUGGCAUCAUGUUUUUUACUUCACCAGUCUUACACACUGCUUUUGGAUAACUUUAUGCCUGCACCCCUGGUGCAAAAAUUCAAGCAGUUCAGUUUGGUUUGGUGGCUUGUGAUCAUCCAUCUUCCUCUUGAUUAUAUUCCAGAGGUUUUCAAUUUGGCCAAAUCAAAGAAACUAAUACUUUUUAAGUGGUGUUGUCAUUGGAGUUGUAGAUCAUAGAUUACACUAGCAGUGUGUCGCCACAAUUUAGGACUGAAGCAAGCACUUCACCACAGGUCCACCAAAAUCAAACAAAAUGUCACCAGAUCCCGAAGAAAUCCAAGAUUCAUUAGUAAAGACGACACACUUUACUUGACAGUUCCAGUCGAGAGUAUCGUAGGAGUAACAUGUCUAGCAGUCAAGGAUUUCUCACCAAGAGGUACACUACCCAAAUUAGUAGCCUCUGAGAGCCUUUAUCAUCAUAGAGCAACGGAAAAACACUUUUUUAAUGCCCUCUUGUGGCAAGACCCAGUGUUUUGCAACAAUCUGGAGUUAUUUUAUUUUUUUUGUCAAUGAGUCUACAUGUAAUCCAUUCACACACACACACACGCUCUCUUGUGUGCUACUGUAUAGCUGUUGUAUAUAGGAUUCCGGACUUUAGAGUAUUUAUUAUAGAGUUCCUAGGCUGCUUUAUAUCAUUAUAUAGCAUCCCAGCAUUCCUUAGGUAUAGAGUUAUAGUUAAAACAAGAUAAAAGCAUUGGAGAGGCCAACAAAUCCAAAACAACUAAAAAUAACCAAAAACGAAAUCCAAUUCGCUCAUCAUCUGCAGACUGAUGCUUGAAGAAGUUCUUUCACUGAAGCUCCCCAGCUGGUUUACAAGAUUUAAAAAGUUUUAAACGUUAGAAAAAGUUAGACAUAGCCUCAGCUAACAUUUUAUAUGUAUUAGAUGUCAUAUUAUAUAUCCCAAAUUGGGUUAUUGUUGUUGUUACAUUGAGAAAGCUGCUGUCCGAGCACGGCGGUUCCAGUAGAGCUGAGAGAGAUAGAUUUAGCUGUAGUUUAGAGACCCAACAAAGCUGUCAAUCACAGCUGUUCUAUUGUUUAACGAAAGAUAUUUCUUUGAUUAAAAAGAAAUAUAUAAAUAAAAACCCAACGAAACUGUUCUUACAGUUCAUUUGUAGCUCUUAUUCAUAAAAUGUACAAAAAAGGAAAAAAGAAAGUUGAAGAUUUCCAAAUGGAGAUUAUUCCCAUUGGCAAAUACAGACAAACAUGAAAAAUGUUGGUUUUUGUAGAUAAUCUUUUUUUUUUUUAAAGCCUUUUAAUGAACUUUUCAUUUGAAACAUUCUUUGUCGCAGUGUCAUUGAUUUGCUGCCUAUGACGGCUUGGCUGCUAAUGUUAUAUGCAAAGCUUUUAAAGUCCCAAGAGGAAGUUAGUCAUUUUUAGUAUUUUUAGACAUUCGUUUUGUUUUAAUUUUGUUUUUUAAUGUAGUUUCUUUUCUUCAAUGACAAUCCCUGAGCUGCAGACAGAUCCUCUGUAUAGAAAAACGUGACGUAUCUAAUCUAUUCCCAGUGCUGCCUGCGCAUUUAAGUAUUAUUUCUCUGUCCGGCUGCCAGUUCUAACAGCUAGCAGCCGUUCCUCUGUUCUCUGUUUCUUUCUACUUCCCUUCGUUAGCUGUAACUGAAGUGUACACUACUGAUGCUGUUUGUUGUAAUGGGGAGCACAUAGCAAUAAAGAACAUACUAAACAUCCA